CCUCCACCGGCCGGCGGGCUCUCGCCGUCCGCUGCGGGACGGGUAGGUGGGCUCCAGGAAAGAAGGCCAGCCCUUUGUGAGUCCCAAGUCUGCUUGUGAUGCUCUGAGUGACACUGAAUCUGAACACUUGCCGUCCAUGAGUCUGCUCUGAACCUUGGAUCCUGCUUAUGGGGGAAGGCGUCGUGGCCAUCUGUCCGAUACCCACAUCAGCCCGAUCCUGCCCAACCUCCCCGAGCUGCUUUGUUCUGAGGUGACGCCAUCUGGGCCCCAUCCAUCCUUGCUCACAGCACCCUCGGCACCGUAAGUCACCACCCCCAGCUGCAUCUUGGGAGAAAGAUGGAGUCCAAGGUCUCGGAAGGUGGCCUGAACGUGACCCUGACAAUCCGCCUGCUGAUGCACGGGAAGGAAGUUGGAAGCAUCAUUGGCAAGAAAGGAGAGACUGUGAAGAAGAUGCGUGAAGAGAGUGGUGCAAGAAUCAACAUUUCAGAAGGAAACUGCCCAGAGAGAAUCGUGACCAUCACAGGCCCAACAGACGCCAUAUUCAAGGCCUUUGCAAUGAUUGCAUACAAGUUUGAGGAGGACAUCAUUAGCUCCAUGAGCAACAGCCCUGCCACCAGCAAGCCACCGGUGACGCUGAGGCUGGUGGUCCCGGCCAGCCAGUGUGGGUCCCUGAUCGGCAAAGGCGGCUCCAAGAUCAAGGAGAUCAGGGAGUCCACAGGUGCCCAGGUCCAGGUGGCUGGGGACAUGCUGCCCAACUCCACAGAGCGGGCGGUGACCAUCUCGGGGACCCCGGAUGCCAUCAUCCAGUGUGUCAAGCAGAUCUGUGUGGUCAUGCUGGAGUCCCCACCGAAAGGUGCCACCAUCCCCUACCGCCCAAAGCCCGCCUCCACCCCUGUCAUUUUUGCAGGUGGUCAGGCCUACACGAUCCAGGGACAAUACGCCAUCCCCCAUCCGGAUCAGUUGACCAAGCUCCACCAGUUGGCCAUGCAGCAAACCCCCUUUCCUCCCCUCGGACAGACCAACCCCGCUUUCCCCGGAGAAAAGCUGCCUUUACACUCCUCCGAAGAAGCUCAAAAUCUGAUGGGCCAGUCGUCAGGUCUGGAUGCCAGCCCCCCGGCCAGCACUCACGAGCUCACCAUUCCCAAUGAUCUAAUAGGCUGCAUAAUUGGACGCCAAGGGACAAAAAUCAAUGAAAUUCGACAGAUGUCUGGAGCUCAGAUCAAAAUUGCCAACGCCACUGAAGGGUCAUCAGAGCGUCAGAUCACCAUCACGGGGACCCCAGCCAACAUCAGCCUUGCCCAGUAUCUCAUCAACGCCAGGCUGACGUCCGAGGUCACCGGGAUGGGCGCGCUCUAACCGGCUCAGCACCCUCUGCCCCGUGUCCCUGACCUGCGCGAGCCAGCAGCCUCCGCGGCUCGCGCACUUGUACAGCCCGUCCGCCCUUCCUUGCAGAUAUAAAUAGAGAGCGUUUCUUGACUCACAAAGUUAUCUACGCCAUAGACAGCCACACACACACCACUGCAGUCUCGUUUUGAGCUCCAGCCUCCGUCCCUGACUGCCCGUGACACACUCCAUGACGCAGUCUGCCCAGCCGGCAUGCGGUGUCCGUUGUCUCACACCUCUGGAAGCUUAGAAACCUUGUUCCUCGCUGUCCUGUGACUGAAUUUGCUUGAGUUCUAGCAGCUCUUCCUAAACCCUGUCCUCGCCUCUGCUGGCACAGCUGGCCUCCACCAUGUGAGCCCUGUCUGCCCUGUCAGGUCCCCUCCUGCUCAGUGGGUCAGGUCCCCUCCAAGCCUGGCGCUGGCCCACGUUUCCACCUCAACCCGCGCCAGAAUCAGGGUUGCGGCAGCGAGGGCCCUGGAAAGGAGGGGCCUGGCCUAAGGAACAGGUGGGUGGCUGGGGGUGCUGGAGCCCUGGCCACCACAAGCGGGGGAGGCACUGCUGGGUCCUGGGUGUCUUCCAGGAA